CGCGCCAUGACCUCCGCCACUCCGUCCGCAGCAGCAGAGUCUCCAUCAGCCGCUACAUUAUCGUCAACUCAGCACGGGAAGCGUCUGUCAAACACGACACAAACAGCAUCUAAUCAGUAGAUUGGUAACGCUCAUCAUCAGAUAUGGAAGCGGCAUCCUCCUCCUCCUCCUCCAGUCAGUGCAGAUACAGUUAUGAAGAGUACAAAGAGACAGCAGACUGGCUGCUGGCCCACACAGAGCAGCGUCCUAAAGUAGCCAUCAUCUGUGGUUCAGGCCUGGGCGGUCUGGCUGAUCUGUUAACUGACAAGACUGUGGUUCCCUACAAGGAUAUUCCACAUUUUCCCACCAGCACUGUGUCAGGCCAUGCUGGUCAGCUGGUGUUCGGGAAGCUGCAGGGCCGUCAGUGUGUCUGCAUGAAGGGGAGAUUCCACUUCUACGAGGGCUACAACAUACACACGGUGACGUACCCGGUGCGAGUCUUCUAUUUGCUGGGUGUGGAAGCUCUGAUUGUGACAAACGCCGCAGGAGGGCUCAAUGACAGCUACGAUGUGGGAGACAUCAUGCUCAUCAAGGAUCAUAUUAACAUGCCUGGCUUUGCAGGGCAGAACCCGCUUUGUGGGCACAAUGAUGAAAGGUUUGGAGUGCGCUUCCCUUGCAUGUCGGAUGCAUAUGACCGUGAGCUGAGGACUCUGGCCAAGCAAACAGCAGAGGAGCAAAACUGCGGCAGCUUCAUGCAGGAAGGGGUGUACUGUAUGCUGGCUGGACCGACAUAUGAGACCAUUGCAGAGUGCAGAGCCCUGCAGAUGCUGGGGGCUGAUGCUGUGGGUAUGAGCACAGUGCCAGAGGUGUUGGUGGCUCGUCACUGCGGCCUGCGUGUCUUGGGUCUGUCCCUCAUCACCAACAAGGUCGUGACAGAUUAUGAGAGCAGUGAGAAGGCAAACCAUGAGGAGGUGCUGAAGACCACUGAGCGCAGAACCCAGGACCUCCAGAAGCUCGUCAGCCAACUCAUCACUAAGAUCUAGUACCUUCAUCUGAAAUCUGCUGACAAAAAAAAACAUCCAGCCUCACAAUGAAGUCACCGGUGACUAAUCAUAGCUUUGAACAAAGGUAAAAAAAUGUAGGUGCAGAUGGUGAACUGGUCAGGUAUGGAUGAGUUAUUAUUUACUUGGGUAUUGUAUUGGCUAUCGUGGUUAUCUGGUGGAGUGAGUGAUAGGGUUUUAAGGUGGAGGGCAGAUUAAAGAAAAACAUGUUGUCAAUAUGGUACUUGUGAUAGACUGCAGCAUUGAUGAUUUAUGACAACAUUGUCUAGUUUGCAAUUCAGUGCUAUCACAGCAAAACUUUCACAACCCUGGAUCCAGUCUCCAUGAAUCACAUUCAUGCCGACUUUAUAUAUAUCUGACCACUAGCUAAAUGUGUUCUUCAGAGGUGUAAAAUCUAUAAACUGGAAAAGCAACAAUUGGCCUAAUGUAAAAGUUUUAAUAGAAGGCAAUGACUGGCUUAGAUUUUAUUUAAUUUUUUUGACAGUUUUUGGUUUAGCACAGUCCAAUCAUCUAAUGUUAAUUAGCAGAGGAUUCUGAACAACAGGAUCAAGUGUUUCACUACCUUGCUUUUUGAGAAUUUCAGAUACAUUUCACGACAAGCGUCAUGCAUCCCUGUCGCCUGUUGUUUGUUUGGUCAGAAGAAUACACCUGUAACCACACCCAGCAGUGAUGUCAUGGUGUACCAACACACCCUUGAGCAAACUUUACAUCAACGCAGCAAAGUUAAACCACUGGAGAAAAUAAAACAAAACAUAAUUUUCAAGUAAAGUUGCUCUGUAACAACAAGUGUCGUGCUUGAAUCAUGAGACUUGAAAACCAGACUGAAGAAAUGUUGUGAAAGUAGUGUUUGUUGGGCGUCUCUCCAAUCCGUAGUUGACAUAUUGACUUUUGUUGUGUGUUUAAAUUCAAAUCCAGAUUAUUGUGGUGACUACUUACGAUUACAGUAUAACAUUCUCUUAUUUAAAAAUGACCAUGUUCUCAUAUAUCCCAGAUCAUGGAUCAAUAAAUGUAACAGGAAUACAGCUGUGGCUAUUGUACAACCCCCACUGGUAUGUAUUUCUAUCCUGCAUUGGUGCUGCAGGGUUGUUUGGGAUUUCCCUUUACAUUACUACCUGUUAAGGCUGGAGUGGCAGCAUACAACAUGACUGGGACCUCUCUGAUGGCUGAACUUGUACUGUAUAUUUGAGUGUGUCUAAACAAAAUCUUCAGUGUAAGACACGACUGUUCAUUACUAAUGACUCCUAAUGGACGCAUCAAACCUUUACAGAUACAGUGAUGAUUGUGUCAUGGUUAGUAGUUAUGAUCACUGGGUAACAUCUUCAGCAACAUGUUUUUUUGUUUUAUUUCACCUCAUCUUUAGUCAUUUGUCUAUGAUUAAGUCCCGUAGAGUGAUUUAUACUUACAUUUGUUAUAUGAAUACAUGCUGUAUGUCUUCUUUGCCUUUAGCAAGAGCAAUGUAUGCACCCACCACCUAUGAAUGCGUAGCUGCUAGCUUAAAGGGACAGUUCACCUCAGCAUCAAAAAUACAUAUUUCCCUCUUACCUGUGGUGCUAUUUAUCAGUCUACAUUGUUGGAACAAGAUGGCACUUUGCUUGCAAUGCUUAAAGUGUAUUUUUUUGCCACUCUGAGCACCACAAGCCGAGUUCCAUCUAGACACAUGAUAUUGAAGAGAUGGCAGAUGUCUCUAUGGUCGAUACCUCCAACACUCAGCAGCUCACACCAAAACAAUCUCGACUGAUAAAUAGCACUACAGGUCAGAGGUAAUGUAUGUAUUUUUGAUUUGGGGGUGAACUGUCCCUUUAAGAUGUACUCGAAGAUAUUUCAGACGACACUGUGCACUUAUGCGUUGGCCUUGACAUGUUGGUGCAGGGAUAGAGGACACGGCCAGUUCCUUCUCCAGCAGUGUCUUAGAAGUGAAUCUACAUUAUAAUAGCUGCUAAAUAGAGAACAUAUAGAAUAACUCUUGUAAUCAAAAAGGAUCACUGGGAGUAGCUGGCAUCUACAUUCCUUUAUGUGUGAUUGCUUGUUAAUAAUGAUGUACAAUAAAUACUUAUUUAAGCUAUAAAUCAAAGUGAGUAUAUUUACACUGCACUGUGAAAUCAGAGUUUAUUUUUUAAAUAGACAAAUCACUUAUUUUAAUUAUCUAAUGUAUUUAUUGAUGAAAAAAUAUGAUGAAAUGGAAAUGACAUGUCAGUCCAAAGCCUUGUCGGGUAUCCAUUGAAGAAGGCAGUGAAGUUUUAGCUGAAUCAGUGUCUGAGAAGCCUGUCCACAAUAUAAGCACAAUGUAAUCUGAAAGAAAUCAAAGGCUAAGUUGGUGAAGCAGUAGGGAUGUAUGAAGGUUUUUUUCUGGGGUGGAUUGCAUUUGGAUGCAUUUUAUUUGUACAACAAGAGACCACAGCACUGUAAUAUCAGGGAGAGCUAUAAUACCUCGGCCUGCAGUUUUCAAUCUGGAACCUGCUGCCAGGUCCCCUUGACCAUCUCAUUCAUUAAAGCUGCAAAGGCCCAAGAAACCCUAGAUCAGCAGUCCACCUCUUAGGCCAUUUGUAUCAGGCUUUACAUCAAGAUGGUAAUGGAAGUCUUAAAGGGGAAUUCCACUCAGAGUGAAGCCUGCCAUCAUCAAAAUGUAAAAUCUGGAUCUGCUCCAUACACAAUAAACGGGGAAAUUUACAUACAGUUGAUUCAUUUUAAACAAGCACGAUCACUCUCACUACUUUCCUGUAUGGGCACAACUCCAAAUUUUGCAUUUUGCUUCUUUGUUAGUCUCCUAAUGUCUGGUUUGUGAAGUCUUCCGCACCUUUGUAUAUCCUAGACUAAAUAGUAACUAUAUAUUUUAUGCUCAGUUGACUCAUAUUUACUGUAUCCAGGUCUCAGGUUAGAACCAAAUUCACCAAAAGGAUAAAUCUACUAUGUCUGUUUUGAUUUAUAAUUAUUUCUUUUCAUACCAAAUGUUGCUGCUGUCAAAUAAAAACUUGCAGAUGA